AUCACACACGCAGCAUCAGCAUCGGCGACAUUAAUGGCGGGAGGAGCGGCCGUGCUGGCGGUGUCCGUGAUCGUCUUGCUGUCGGUGGCGUGCUCCGGCGCUGAUCAGGUCGCCGGCGAGGCGGCGGGAGGCCCGGACGCGAGCCUGCUGUGCGUCAGCGAGUGCGGGACGUGCCCGACAGUAUGCACGUCGCCGCCGCCGCCGCCGCCUCCGCCCACCCCGCCGUCGUCGACGCCGCCCGUGCUGCCGCUGUACUCAGCGCCUCCGCCGCCGUACCUGACGCUGCUGCUCCCGCCGCCGGCGGCGGACGAGAGCGACAUGUUCCCGCCGCCGGCACCGACGACGAACCCGCCACCGCCUCCACCGUCGUCGUCACCGCCGCCGCCGCCGAAGAGCAGCAGCGGGUCGACGGCGUCGCCCCCGGCGUCCUCCUCCCACUUCUCGUCGCCGCCGUCUCCGCCAUCGUCGUCGAACCCGUACUACUACUUCUACCUCUCCGGCAGCGGCAGGCGGAGCGCCGGCGGCGCGGCGAGCGUUUACACGGCGCUGAUCCUCGCAGCGUUGCUGACGUGACAACGUGCACGAAUAUUUGCGCGCCGUAUGAUCGGAAUUAAUUAAGCUCCUAAUCCCUAAUUAGGCGUGCACUAAUUGAGUACUUCGCUGUCCCGAUUCUUUUCUUCGUGUUUCAUCGACUUUUUUCUUUUAUUUUUUUCUUCUUUUGUAGUGACAUCUGGUGUUCGUUGUUUUGGAGUAUCAGAUUCUGUCUAUACAUAAUUGGUUGCUUGUGCAAUUACUAUUGUUAAAGUUGACUAAAGUGAAGCGAAUGUGUGCGACACUAUUUGUUUUGCGCAAGUUCUUUCCUCUCAAAAUUCUUGCGUUUGCGUGAGAUGUGAGAGGCCUCACACGACACGAGGUUACUUGAAGUAUAUGUGUAUUCUA